CAGCAGCUGAGAAGCAACUGAGAGGGGUCAGGCAGCGGCCUGGCGUGGGGCACGUCGCUGCCCUCGGUGGUGUGAGGGGCUUACGGGUGGUGGUCCAUCUGGCCCAAGAGGCCCACGCCCACCAUGGUCCUUGGCUGGAACCAUGGCAACAUCACCCGCUCCAAGGCAGAGGAACUGCUCUCCAGGGCAGGCAAGGAUGGCAGCUUCCUCGUGCGGGCCAGCGAGUCCAUCCCCCGGGCCUAUGCUCUCUGCGUGCUGUACCGGAACUGCGUUUACACUUACAGAAUUCUGCCCAAUGAAGAUGACAAGUUCACUGUUCAGGCCUCGGAAGGCGUCCCCAUGAGGUUCUUCACGAAGCUGGACCAGCUCAUAGAGUUCUACAAGAAGGAAAAUAUGGGGCUGGUGACCCACCUACAGUACCCCGUACCGCUGGAAGAGGAGGACCCAGCCGAAGACCCGGAGGAAGACACGGAGAGUGUCAUGUCCCCGCCGGAGCUGCCACCUAGAAAUAUCCCUCCACCUGCUGGUCCCUGCGGUCCCUGCGAAGCCAAGGAGCCUCCUCCUCUAGUCGAGACCCCCCGAGGGACCGAGGUCAGCCGGCCCAGCCUCUCCGAGACCCUGUUUCAGCGGCUGCAGAGCAUGGACACCAGUGGGCUUCCAGAAGAGCAUCUGAAAGCCAUCCAAGAUUAUCUGAGCACUCAGCUGGCCCUGGACUCUGACUUUGUGAAGAUGGGCUCCAGCAGCCUUCCUCACCUGAAGAAGCUGACCUCGCUGCUCUGCAAGGAGCUGCAUGGGGAAGUCACCCGGACUCUGCCUUCCCUGGAGUCGCUACAGAGGCUGUUUGACCAGCAGCUGUCCCCAGGUCUUCGCUCUCGUCUUCAGGUGCCAGGCGAGGCCAGUCCUAUCACCAUGGUGGCCAAGCUCAGCCAGCUGAUGGGGCUGCUGUCCUCCAUUGAAGAUAAGGUCAAGGCCUUACUGCACGAGGGCUCGGAGGCCCCCCACCGGCGUUCCCUCAUCCCCCCAGUCACCUUUGAGGUGAAGUCCGAGUCUCUGGGAAUUCCGCAGAAAAUACACCUCAAAGUGGAUGUGGAAUCCGGGAAACUGAUCGUGAAGAAGUCCAAGGACGGGUCUGAAGACAAAUUCUACAGCCACAAGAAAAUCCUACAACUCAUCAAAUCACAGAAGUUUCUGAACAAGCUGGUGAUUUUGGUGGAGACAGAAAAGGAGAAGACCUUACGGAAGGAGUAUGUCUUUGCUGACUCUAAAAAGAGAGAAGGUUUCUGCCAGCUCCUGCAGCAAAUGAAGAACAAGCACUCGGAGCAGCCAGAGCCGGACAUGAUCACCAUCUUCAUCGGCACCUGGAACAUGGGUAACGCCCCCCCUCCCAAGAAGAUCACGUCCUGGUUUCUCUCCAAGGGGCAGGGGAAGACGCGGGACGACUCGGCGGACUACAUCCCCCACGACAUCUACGUCAUUGGCACCCAGGAAGACCCCCUGGGGGAGAAGGAGUGGCUGGAGAUCCUGCGACACUCCCUGCAGGAGAUCACCAGCAUCACCUUCAAAACAAUGGCCAUCCACACACUCUGGAACAUCCGCAUCGUGGUGCUAGCCAAGCCAGAGCAUGAGAACCGCAUCAGCCACAUCUGCACGGACAACGUGAAGACAGGCAUCGCCAACACCCUGGGGAAUAAGGGAGCCGUGGGCGUGUCGUUCAUGUUCAAUGGCACUUCCUUGGGGUUUGUUAACAGCCACCUGACUUCCGGAAGUGAAAAGAAACUCAGACGAAACCAGAACUAUAUGAACAUCCUGCGGUUCUUGGCCCUGGGAGACAAAAAGCUGAGUCCGUUCAACAUCACCCACCGCUUCACCCACCUCUUCUGGCUUGGGGACCUCAACUACCGCGUGGAGCUGCCCACCUGGGAGGCAGAAGCCAUCAUCCAGAAGAUCAAGCAGCAGCAGUUUGCGGAUCUGCUGGCCCAUGACCAGCUGCUUACAGAGCGAAGGGAGCAGAAGGUUUUCCUGCACUUUGAAGAGGAAGAGAUCACAUUUGCGCCCACCUACCGAUUUGAAAGGCUAACUCGGGACAAAUACGCCUACACAAAGCAGAAAGCCACAGGGAUGAAGUACAACCUGCCCUCCUGGUGUGACCGUGUGCUCUGGAAGUCUUACCCGCUGGUGCACGUGGUGUGUCAGUCCUACGGCUGCACCAGUGACAUCAUGACCAGCGACCACAGCCCUGUAUUUGCCACGUUUGAGGCAGGAGUCACCUCCCAGUUUGUCUCCAAGAACGGGCCUGGCACUGUGAACAGCCAAGGGCAGAUUGAGUUCAUCGCAUGCUGUGCCACGCUGAAGACCAAAUCCCAGACCAAGUUUUACCUGGAGUUCCACUCGAGCUGCUUAGAGAGUUUUGUCAAGAGUCAGGAAGGAGAGAAUGAAGAGGGACAUGAAGGAGAGCUGGUGGUGAGGUUUGAUGAGACCCUUCCCAAGCUGAAGCCUAUUAUCUCUGACCCUGAGUACCUACUGGACCAACAUAUCCUGAUUAGCAUUAAGUCCUCUGACAGUGAUGAAUCCUAUGGUGAGGGCUGCAUUGCCCUUCGUUUGGAGGCUAUAGAGACUCAGAUGCCCAUCUACACAUCUCUCACCCACCACGGAGAGAUGAUGGGCCACUUCCGAGGGGAAAUCAAGCUGCAGACCUCGCAGGGCAAGAAGAGGGAGAAGCUGUAUGACUUUGUAAAGACGGAGCGAGACGAGUCCAGUGGGACAAAGUGCCUGAAGAGCCUCACCAGCCAUGACCCCGUGAAGCAGUGGGAGCCUCCCAGCAGGGCCCCUCCAAGCGGUGCCUCCGGUUUCACAGAGAUCAUCAACCCCAACUACAUGGGUGUGGGACGCUUCGGGCAGCCCCUGCAUGGGAAACAGAGCCUGUCUCCUGACCAACAGCUCACAGCCUGGAGCUACGAUCAGCAGCCCAAGGACCCCUCCCUGGGGCCUGGGAGAGGAGAGGGUCCCCUUACCCCUCCCUCCCAACCACCCUUAUCACCCAAGAAGUUUUCAUCCUCCACAGCAAACAGGGGUCCCUGCCCCAGAGCACAGGAGUCAAGCUCUAGGUCCACUGACACUCAGCUGCAGGAGGACCUGCAGCUCGCCAAGCCAGAGAUGUUUGAGAACCCAUUGUAUGGAUCUGUGAGUUCUUUCCCUAAGCUGGUAACCAGGAAAGAGCAAGAGACCUCCAAGAUGCCGCCGAAAGAGCCUCCACCCUGCCCAGACCCUGGCAUCGCAUCACCCAGCAUCUUGCUCACCAAAGCCCAGGAGACGGAGGGUAGCAAGCAGGCCCCCACGCCCUUCCUCAGCCCUGCGCCUAGGCUCCGCUCCUUCACCUGCUCCUCCUCCACCACUGAGGGCAGGAUGACCAGCGGGGACAAGAACCAAGGGAAGCCCAAGACCCUAGCCGUCUCCCACGCCCCGGUGCCAGCCAAGAGGCCCAUCAAGCCUUCCAGGUCAGACAUGAGCCAGCAGGGGACCCCGACCCCAGCGCCUCGGCCUCCACUGCCCGCCAAGAGCCUGGCCGUCCUGCAGCUGCAGCAUUCCAAGGCCCGGGACUACCGCGACAACACAGAGCUCCCGCACCACAAGCACCGGCCUGAAGAUGCGGUACUUGGCAGGACCGCCAUGCAGUGAAGCCCUCUGUGAGCAGCGGCCAAGGAACCCAGAAGAGCAGCAGGAGCCAAUCAGAGCCUCUCCCCGGGUCCUCCUGGCCCCUCCUACCUGACUUCCUGUGCAAGGCUUUCCUUUUUUUUUUUUUUUUUUUUGUGAAGGGCCCUGCUUCUGUGGGGCUGAGGAGCUUGCUGGCUGGCUGGACACUGGACACUGGACACUGGGCUGAGGCCAAAAGGAAACCACCCCAGCUAGGCAGUGCACAGCCGCGCCCCCCAGGUCCCUGCUUAGAUGUGGUACUUGGGACCUCAGAGGCCAGUUCAGGUCACUCUGUUAAUGAAAAGAACUGAAGAACCCUCUGAUGGUGGAGAUAGAAAUAAUAAUAUUAAUAAUAAUAAUAAUAAUUGUUCACCCACAUCGGUGGUAUGCGCACCGUGGGCCAAUUGCAAUGCAAAGUACUUUACAGACAUUGUCGACCGUGAUGUUGAGCUGAGGCUCUAGCCAGCCAGGAGCACCAGCUCAAGAAGGCUGUGUGUCCUGAUGGUGUGGACAAAGCAUUAAGAGGACCUGUGGUGCUGGCGCCAGUCUGGGGCUCGGCUGGAGGUGGCUGAAGAGUCUCAAGUGACCCUGUCCUGCAUCCCUGAUGCCACCUGCUGUAGCUAAGGCCUGGAGGUCCAGCACGGCCCACGUGGAGGACAGGGAUCUGCUUGCCUGGAGGCUCCAACUCCCCAUUGGAGAGAUCGUAAGCCCCCGGCCAAUGGGCCAGGCUCCCUGUGCAGUGCUGGAGGCAGCCAUGCCCCGGGCUGACUGGAGCCCCGCACCACUGUCCCACGAAGGAAGGAUUUCUACUGUUGGUCACCCUUUAGCCUGGCGGAUAACCAGCGUAGGCCUCUGGACUCAGGCUCUUGAACAACUCAGCCUCCUCUCCGUACUCUGUGACUUUCAGCCCUAUGUCUCUGGAUCCUAGAACAAACUAGUGAUGUUGUGAGAUGUUGGGUUGUGGGGUUGGUAGAAUAGAAUUCUUGCUGGGUAUGGUGGUUUCCACCUGUAAGUAAUCCCAGCACUCGGGAGGCUGAGGUGGAAGGAUCAUAAAAGGCCAG